UUUCGCAGAAUUAAAGAAGAAGGGAUAAGAAACUGAUAUUAUCUGUGACCAUUUGCAUUAAACGUGUGCACAAUGAAAUAAAUAGUUUACUUCCAAAAUUUUCGUGAUUUUCUGUUCGGCAUUUUAUUUAACCGUAUUUUGUAAGAGAAAAUAAAUUUAAUUUCAGUGCUAAAAAUUUAGUAAUAAUAUACUUUUGUCGCGGAAUUGUUGUAUGGUUUAUUUGUAGUGACGUUAUGCAUAUAAAAGUCCAAAAGUGAGCACAAGAAAGUGCCGAGAUGUCAAAGACGUUUCUCCACUUAAUCAACUGACUGACACGGAUAGGUGCAAAGAAUGGAAUGCCUAUUGUUGGUCGCGGUCGGGUGGCUCCUGCAUUUGCAAUUUAUGACCCCUUCGGUAGGCACAACAGAAGACUUUUGGUUAUGGAUAGCCAGAGUACCUGUAGAAUUAGUUUUCUUCACUUUUCUCUGUUAUUUGCUUUCGUCGUGGUGUCAGGGAGUUGCAUCCUUUUAGAGCCUCCGGAUAAUCAUGGAUAAUCAUCAAGAAAUUGAAGAUGAUGGCAAAGGAGUUAAACCUUGGAACGUAGAUCUUCUUCUUGAAAAAGCUGCUAGGCGGUCAUCUAUUGAUAAAGCUUCCAGCCGAUCAUCCAUUGAUAAAGGCUCUAGCCGUUCAUCUAUUGAUGAAGGCUAUAGCCGAAAGUCCUCUCUAACAGAGAUUUCUGAUGGCAGACGACCAUCUUUUACCGAUAAAGAAUCUGACAUUAUUUCUGAAGCUGAAGAGGAAUAUAUCCGUAAAAUGCAUUCAGAUAGAAGAGCAUCAUUUCGUCCGCAACCAAGAGAAACUGUUCCUUAUGAAGUUCAAUCAUCUGAUACUUUAGAAGGAAUAGCAGCAAGGUAUAACAUUACCCCUUCGGAAUUAGCAGUACUAAAUAAACUAAGUUAUAGGACUGUAUUUCCAGGUCAAAUAAUUUACAUCCCAGAGAAGAACAGUCUUCAAGUGUUAGAACAGAUUUUGAAACAAAGUGCAGCGGCUAUUAAUGCAUCUUCUGAGCAAAGUAGUCCAAAACCAGGUCAUGUUGAAAGAGUACCUGAUGCUUCUUCAAGUAGUAAGGAAGAGAAAGGUUUACAAGCCGAUGUUCAGACUAAAACUGAAUCUGAAGUGAAACCUGUGGAAGAAUCGUCAAAAGAAUCUCUUCGAAUUAAUUCAAAAUAUGUGACAGAUGGUGAAGGAGUGGUUAAUGGUGUAUUAAUUGUGACCACUAAUCAUAUAAUAUUUGACCCAAAUGUUUCGGAUCCUUUGGUUAUAGAAUAUGGAUUGGAAAAGUAUGGGGUUGAUGCACCUAUGAAUUGCAUUGUGAGGGCUGCACUGUAUACAGACAUUUUUCGUAUGAGGACCAAAGAUACCAGCACAGGGGAGUCAAAAGUGGAUGUAUAUCAUUCAACAAAAGUCUUAAUGAGGAAGAGCAAAUCUCACAAUGAAAAACUAGCGAAAAAUGAAAAAUCCAAACCUCCUCGUCGAUAUAGUUCUGCUGAAGUUGGUGUAAGACAUGGAGACCUUGGAAUGAAGAUUAGUAAUUCAUUCCAAGAUAGCCUGUCAAAAAUCUGUGAAAAUGCCGAUUUUGAAGAGGAGGAUGAAACUGAAUCACCUGCACUUGUUGUAGAAGAUAUUGACAUUUCUGUGUCUACAGAACCUGAAGCUGCAGAAACAAAAGAUUCUAAAAGAACUACAAAGCCUCCAUUGUCUGCUUCUUCUUCAUUGGAAUCAGAUGAUGCCCCAGGAUCUAGAAAAGCAUCUAUAUCAGAUGAUGAUAAUUUAACUUUGACUGUUGAUGCAAUUUCCCCUAAAAAGAAGUCUAAUUUUGAGAAAACUAAACAUAAACUACAUAAAGGACUUAAAAGGUUAUCAAUUACAGAUGGUCUAUUUUCUAAUCCUCAUGGUGGGCGUCGAAUGUCUCUUCCUGCUUUUACCUCUUUACCAGACUUUAAACUCAAAAGUCCCACUGUAAAAUCUCCAAAUGCUGAAAAAACAGUAAAAUCCAUAUCAGAGAUGGAAAAGCCUAAACAGAGUGGUCCUACAUAUGUAAAUAUGGUUGAUGAAAAACCAGAACUCUUUGCUCCAGUGGACAGCCCCUCAAAUUAUCACAAUUUGGAUGUUUUGGAGGAAGAUAUGGAAUUGAUACCCCGUCCAGCUAAAUCAUUCUGUGACACACCUCUCUACUUAUGUUUAAGAAUGGGUGAACCCAUUGAUAAAACACUGCAGCGUACUAGUCCUGUGGUUCAUUUUGGCCAGCAAAUGAAGCCAGAAUAUUGGUUUAGCAUUCCUAAAGACAGUGUGGAUAGUCUGUACUGUUUCUUCUUACGUUGGUGUCCUGAAAAAUAUGGUGAUAUAGAUAAUUUAGACUUGGAGAAAAUGGGUUUUACGCCUAUUGAGUAUGAAAGUAAAGAAGAAUGCGAAGAGAAGGCACCGCGGGAUCACAGGAGAGCCAGUUGGGCAUUUCCUUGGAGAAGGAAAUCUAAAGAUGUUACUGAGAUGUCUGCUACAUCUAGUCCUGAGGACUGGGAGUUUUUAGAUUGUGUAACAUCAAAAUCUGAUGUCAUACAUCCUCCUGAACUUCUUACACCUUCAAAUAUUUUAAGUGAUGAACAAAUUCUUGAGCUGAAUAAGCAUAUGCCUGCUCGUGCAAUGAACCCAUGGGAUCUGAUAUAUGGUACUGCUGUUCAUGGAUUUAGCCUUAAAACUAUGUAUCGUAAUAUGACAAAAUUUGAUAGUCCUGUUCUCCUCGUUAUAGCCAACAGAAGUAAUAUUAUUUUUGGUGCAUUGCUUUCAUCUCCACUUCGAAUGAGUGACCACUUCUAUGGCACUGGUGAAUCAUUCCUUUUUACUUUCUUUCCAGAAUUUAAAAUUUAUCAUUGGUCUGGAGAAAAUAACUACAUAAUGAAAGGUAAUACAAACAGUUUUGUCAUAGGAUCAUCUGAAGGUCAUUUUGCUCUUUGGCUAGAUGAUGAUCUGUUUCGUGGUCGUACUAAUUCAUGUCAGACUUUUGCAAAUGAUCCCCUGUGUCCCGAAGAAGACUUUGAAAUUAAAGGUCUAGAAGCUUGGGGAUUUGUAUGAAAACACUUUUGUACAAAAAGAAACCAUGACUUAAUAUUGGUUAUCAAAUAUAUUCCUUUGUUAUUUAAUUUAUUUCUCUGUAAUUGUAUUUUUUGUUAUUCAGGAGAUAAAGUUAUUCCCUGAAAGUUA